UCCUAGUCAAACGUAAUUUUGAUACCUAAUUUUCGUUUAAAAUAUUCAUUAUUUUCUUUCCAAGAAAACUUAACGUAAAUAGACAAGGAAAAUUAUACUAAAAAGUUUGUUUAAACAAUAGUUAUGAAUAGAGUAGCUUUUCUUUCUUUUUUCUAAAAACAAAAAUGAUAUUUUCUAUUAUUCUGGUAAGUGGAAAUGACUAAGCUGGGAUGUAUAAGGGACUAGUGCACCUAGAGUGCUUUGGUUAUCCUCCUCUUCUAGUAGUCUGGUUACCUUCAAUGAGAAAAAUAAUAUCUCAAGCUAUGUCGCAGACUUCUGUAUGUGGGGCCCGUCCCUUUGGUGGUGGGUCUCAUGUCUUAUUAUCAAUGUGACAGUACCUCUGCACGAGUUUGAUCACUCACGAUAUACGUUAACAUUCCAUUCUCUCCUUUUGGAUUCAGCUUUUACUUUACAGUAAGGAUUGGUAUAUAGCAAGGUUUUUUGGUAAUUUGCUUUUAACUUAUAAUAAAUUUUAGUUUAACGUUUUGAAU